CCCCAGCAGCAAGUUAAGUUCCCAACCUGUCCAGGUGCUCGCGAUCGUCGGUGCAGGUUGUAUUUUCCUCUUUGUCGUCCACCGAUUGUGCCGUGAUUGUGCAUUGCAGUGAGUGUGCUUGAGUGUGUGUCUCGGAUCGUAAAGAAAAAUUACACGCUAUACGCAUCCGACGAGGAAAUUAACUAAUCACAAUCAUUUCCGAAACGAGCGAGAGAGUGAAGAGGGGGAUCUACCGAAAAUUGAAAGCAACAUUCGAGCGAGAAAGAAGCUGUGGCCAAAAUGAACUUUUUUGUGAUUGGCUUUCUGAUCAUGCAGGCGGCAAGAUUGGCUUGCGGGACCUGUGUUUUAUCCUCCGAUUUCGGUUUCAUAAUCGAUUGUAACUUCAAAAAGUCUGGACUGUUUCGAGUACGAAAUUUGGGUGGCCUAAAGGCCCAUUUCGGUUUAGGUUUCAGCCUGGGCGAUGAGCUGGGCUUUCCGGAGUCGCUGGGCAAUGUGGAGAGCGAUCGCCGACGAGCCAUUAGCUACAAGAACGGAGCUCCACCGGAUUUGGUGGGCGUGCUUCCCUCCACCCAGCAGCAGGCCAAUACCCCGAUCCAACAACCCUUACCGGAGAAGAGAAUCAGUUCACGCUCCACCGGGGCAGCGGCUUACAACCUUCAGCAAGUUCAGCAACAGCAGCAGCAGCAGCAGCAACUAAAACUGAAACAGCAGCUUUUGCUACUGCAGCAGCAGCAACAACAACAGCAAGCACAGCAGGCCCAACUGAUGACCGAAGCGCGUCCCCUUCCCUUGGGUGUUCCCGCCUUCCGACCCAUUCCGAAGAAACAGCAGCAGGAGGUCGCAGCUCCUGGUCCGGCUCCAACUACGGCGGAGAGGCGGGUAGCUGUGGACACCCCAGAGCCCAGGGUCAGUGUCAACAACAAGCUGAUAAGUGCCAACGAUAAGCCUCACUCCAACCGCACCUUCCACGUGGCCAAUCCGGUGGUCUCCCAGCCCGUGGCCGUCCCUGUGUUCCAGGCCAUGCCAGCCUCCAUUGCCCGCAUCGCCAAUGUGGGAAAGGAGCACCGAACGGUGUCUAAUCAUCCGAACUACUUGCAGUUCGAGGAGCCCAAGUUCGAUCUAAAGGAUGUGACCGUGGAAGAGCUGGCCGCAGCGGCCAAUGUCACCGUGGACACCAUCAAACACGCCAUCUAUGUGCGAGAGCAGCAACUCAAGGCGGAGCACCGGGCCCAACUGGCGGCUAAGCUGCGAGAGGAGUUUAUGCGCACCUCCACCGUAAAAACUACGACGACGACGACGACAACUAGCACACCACGUCCUCAGAAGGCACUGGCCGAGCACAAGGUGUCGAAGGUAAUGAACGCCCCCAAGGAAUAUUAUCCCGUGGGCUACGAAAAGAACUUUGACGACAAUUUCAAAUCGAAAGUGGAUCUGCCACCGACAAGCUUUACCUGUGCCAAGCAGAAGCACUUUCCGGGUCUUUAUGCCGAUACGGAUUUGGGCUGCAUGGUCUUUCAUGUGUGCGCCCUCACCGACGACGGGAUGGUGCGGAAGUCCUUCCUCUGCCCAGAGAACACCUUGUUUGACCAGACGAUCCUCAAGUGCAACUGGUGGUUCUACGUGGACUGCAGCUCCAGCACUAGCAUAUACGACUCGAACAUUCCGAUCUCGAAGAGCUACCAACUGAUGAAGUCCCUCACAUACUUCUCGAAGUUCGCCGGCGGUCAGCGGCAGGGUCAGGAGCAAGAUGGCGCCAAGGAUGAGAACGCUUUAGACAUUGACUCGUUGCGGGAGUCGAUGGAGGGCGUGUCGCGGCGCCAGGAGCAGAUCAAGAAGGCGGAGCAGCGCGAUGCCGAGGAGAGGGAGCAGCGCAGUCGGCCGAAGGAGGACCAUGAGCAUGUGGUGCCAGCGGAGGGAGAACAGCGUCUGUCCAACUAGGGUUCAGAGCCCCAUCCACGCUAUCUGAGAUCUAGGUUAAGUGUUCACGAUCGAGCGUCUCUGGUCGGUUAGCCGUACGUAGUCAAGUCUUUGCUCUUUGCUCCACGAGCCAAUGGGUUUCCUGUAGUCGUUUCUUAUCAAUUCCAGUGGCAGCUCCUGCGCAGAGAAAUAAGUCCCCGAAACGUUGAUUUUUUAAAAUUUACAGUCAAUGAUUUUUUCCUCUGUGUGGUCCCAUUUUUCCUCUACUCCUGAGCGCCCUUAGAUGUAGUCCUUGAUAGCCCCUUAAUUAAAUAAUCUCUAGUAAAGCCCCAGGCAAUAGGGUUUGGUCGGUUAAUGUUAUUACGUGUUACUAUUUAUUUAUUGUACAAGUAUUUCGCGACAAUUAAACAUUGUUUUUCACCAUAAUAAUGAUUUGAACUUGUCCUUUUAUUUAUGACGCAGAAACCGUUGCAGUUUCGUUAGUUUGAGCACUCACUACGUGGGGAAAAUAGUUUCCGUAGGAGAA